GGCUCCACUUUUCAUUUGAGCUCAAAUCCUGUACUGUCUACUCUGCAGCUGCCAGACCUGCUCCUGCUGCUGCUCAGGGAGAGCACCCGGGGAAACCAUUUCUGACCACUGAGAAGAUGAUGAGCUCAAGCUAUUGGAGUGAGAGCAGCAGCGGCAGCUGUGGGACCCAGCAGCCCACAGAGGUACUGCAGUACCAGCCUCAGCAUUACCACUGUUACCAUCAGUCAAGUCAAGGCCAGCAGCCUCCAGAAAAAAGUGUCGUGUAUGAGCGAGUGAGGACCUACAGUGGGCCCAUGAACAAGGUGGUGCAGGCCUUGGACCCCCUCGGCUCACGGGAAGUGCUCUCCCCCCUCAAAACUGCCUCCUCCUACCAAAAUUUGGUUUGGAGUGACCAUUCUCAGGAGCUCCAUUCUCCAACUCUGAAAAUCUCUACUUGCGCGCCAAGCACUCUACAUAUAACACAAAAUGCCGAACAGGAACUUCAUUCUCCAACAGUGAAAGUUACUACGUAUCCACAAACUACCAUUAGGAGAUACAUAGUACAAAACCCUGAACAGGAACCAUUGUCUCCUUUCCUAAGAGGUGGCCACUUCUUCCCAGGAAACAAUGUAAUUUAUGAAAAAACAAUAAGAAAAGUGGAAAAGCUAAAUACAGAUCAGGAAUGUUGUCCUCAAAUUCAAUGCCAUCAUCAUGUCAUUCAGCAACCCCAGAUCAUCCACUCUCCGCAUUGUCAACAGUCCCAUUCUAGCCAUCAAAUCCAAUGCAUAACAGAAAAUGACUCAAAUAUUGGGCAUGAACUCUGCCAUGGUGGCUCAAGCCAGCUACAUGAGCAGGUGAUAAUUCAGGAUGAUGGCCCUGAAAAAUUGGAUCCCAAAUAUUUUGGAGAGUUGCUUGCUGACCUAAGCCGCAAGAAUACAGACCUAUAUCACUGCUUAUUAGAACAUUUGGAGAGGAUUGGAGGAAGCAAACAAGACUUUGAGUCUGCAGAUGCAUCAGAAGACAUUGAGUCAUUGAUUCCUAAAGGACUGUCAGAGUUUACAAAACAGCAAAUUCGUUAUAUUCUGCAGAUGAGGGGUAUGUCUGAUAAGUCACUGAGACUAGUGUUGUCCACAUUUAGCAACAUACGGGAAGAACUUGGACAUCUUCAAAAUGACUUGACAUCUCUGGAAAAUGACAAGAUAAGACUUGAGAAGGACUUGGCAUUCAAAGAAAAUCAAAUAAAAGAGUAUGAAGAACUCUUGGCAUCGGUGAGAGCAAAUAAUCGCCAACAGCAACAAGGACUUCAAGACUCAAGCUCAAAAUGUCAGACAUUGGAAGAAAAUAACCUUUCUCUUCGACAUACACUAUCAGACAUGGAAUACAGACUAAAAGAACUAGAGUAUUGUAAACGUAAUUUAGAGCAAGAGAAUAAAAACCUUAGAAUACAGGUCUCUGAGACUUGCACAGGCCCAAUACUACAGGCUAAAAUGGAUGAGAUUGGCAACCAUUAUAUGGAGAUGGUAAAAAACUUAAGAAUUGAGAAAGACAGAGAAAUCAGCAAGCUAAGGUCUCAAUUAAACCAGUACCAAAAAGAUGUUUCCAAAAGAGAAGGAAGUUGCAGUGACAUCCAAUUCAAGCUUCAUGAACUAACAAGCUUGCUAGAAGAAAAGGAUUCUCUUAUAAAGCGUCAAUCAGAGGAACUCUCAAAGUUGAGACAGGAAAUAUAUUCAUCCCAUAACCAACCCUCCAGUGUUGGAAGGACAACAAUCACCACAAAAAAGUACAGGACACAAUAUCCAAUCCUAGGUCUCCUGUAUGAUGACUAUGAAUAUAUACCACCAGGAAGUGACACACAGACUAUCGUGAUUGAGAAAACUGAAGAUAAAUGGACUCAUCCAUGAAUGGAUCCACUUUUCAGGACUACAAUUCAAAGGAAAUUUUCUGUCUGCAUCAGUAUUUUAAUAGUUAUUUUCUAUUGCUAAAGCACAAUCAAAUUGUGAACCAUAGUCCUAUCCCAAUCAAUCUAAUAAGAUGAUUUAAUUAUGAAGAUGAGUUCCCCCAGCCAUUUAGGAGACCUGAAUCCUUUUGUGCACAUUGAAAUAUUUGAUACAACACCAUACAAAUAGGAAAAAAAAAACCUUUGUUUCAACUCUUGUUGCAGACAUUAUAGAACCUAACCUGCUACUUUUAUAUAGGGUGCUUCAUAUAUGUUGAACUUAUUCGUAAGCAUAGAUUCUUUACAAGUUCUUUUAUUAUGUUAAAUGUGCAGUUUAGCUACAAGAUUCAAUGCUAUUUUUCAGAAAGCAGAGGCAAAGGACAAUUAAAUUAAAAAAAUAGGUUAACUAGAGCAUGAAAUAAACAGCCUAAAUGUACAUUUCUCAUAUUGAGCUUAUGACUAAACAAGAGUGUGGCAAUGCUAAUAUGCCUUGGAAAUAGCUAAGUCAGAGGUGGAGGUUAAUGUUGUUAAUCAAGGAAAUGGGCUAAUGUCUUUUAAAAUAACUACAUUAACUAAAUUAUACAUUGUGCAACUUGUUCUAAGUACCUGGGAAAAAUCUGUUCUUUCAAAACAUGUUUUCUGCAAGUAAUCCAAUUCACUUUCUUAAAAACAUAUAGUACUAUACUGUAGUAGUGGGGCAAUAAGAAUGUAGAAGUUUUCAUAGUGAUAUAGCUAUAACAUUGAAAUAUUGCAUAAUCAUAAAAACUUAAGUAAUAAAAAUAAUAAAAGAUAUUUGAUAACUGUAUCUUACUUGAAGAAUAUUUUAUAGUAGGGUCUUUAAUGUAUUUAGAAGUUUCUUAGUUGAAUUGUAAUGACUUUACAAGGUAGAUACAAAUAUUUGCUAAAUAAAUUACAAUAAUAAAUUUCAUAGUAUAACCUAAUUAAAACCUACAAUUUAUUUCAUCAAAGUUAGAAUUAAUGUAACAAAUACAUUCAGAUUACAUUUCUAGUACAUAGUUUUGUACUAAAAUAUUUACAGAAACCUUUAUAAAAUUUUUCAGUUUAUAGGCAUAUUCUAAAAAUUAUUCAUUAUACUAAGAAGCAGUUAAGAUAGGCAUGACUGUGGCACUAUACUAACUGGACCUAUAGCUGAGAAAUAUUUAAAAAGUCUUGAUAAUGAAAUUAAGAGUCUUAUUUAUAUUAUCAUAACAUUUGAGCUAGACAUUAAGUUCUGAAACACGAAUAAAAUUUGUUUUAUCAAUACAGUGAUCCUCUAUUUUAUGAAAAGAUGUUUCUCCUCUGUUAGCUACUCAUAUAUUUAACUGUAGCAAAAGUGUAGUAUAUUAUCUAUCCAUUAAAAAGGUUGUAAGAGGAUGUUUUAAUUACCUUGGCAGAAAGCUGCCAUAAUUAGUUUGAAAAUGAGAAUAAGUAGGACUGUUUCAAAACAACUAAAAACUAUUCAUAUCCAAAAUUAUAGAGCAAUUAAAAUGACAGCCCAUUUGAUCAAGGAUGGUGCGUUAGAGUCAUCUAAAAGUUUCUCAUUAUAGUUACCAAUUUUUUAAAGAAAAAAAACCCUCUUACAAAACUUAAUGGCAGAGAGAUUUUCUCUGUAUUUGAAAAUAAGAUCAAUAGAAUUAAGACGAACUAAAUUGAUGUAUUUUCCUUUCACCAAUUCCAUAAAGUUUCUCAAUGAUGUCAGGUGAGGAUGCCUGUUUAUCUCAUUUCUAUUUCUAUGUUUUCACUUCAGAUUUGUCAAAUAAAAUGAAGACUAAAGUCUGACAUGCAAAUUUGUGUAUAUGUCUAAAUAAAAAAGAUGUUAAGCAUCUAUAUGGUCUUUGUGGAACUUCAAAUUGGAGAUGUAUAGGAACGAUUUUUAGCUUAUCUUCAUAUAUUGGCAGGAAGUUUUUAUCAUUCGAAUGUUUAUACAGGAGGUUAGAAGCAAUACUGUAAAACGAAAACAAAAAAACUCUUUUUGAUGUUGCCUACUAAAUGUGGAACUUUAACAAAAGUUUGACAACCAACUGAUGCAAAGUACAAUAUCAUAAUACCUUUGCUUACAAAUUUAUUUUCUAAGCCCAAACAUCGUUUGCUAAGACAUUUCUUCCCAUCUUUAUACGGGUGCUUUAGCCAUAUUAAUUUUUUCAAACUUAAAGACUAUAAAAGGAGGGCAAUUUAAAAAAAAUUUAACCAUCAAAUUUAUAUCAAUUUAACAAAAUUCUCUUUGCAUUUCUUUCUCAUUAUUGCAAUUUAUAAAGAUUACACUUAUUUGGAAAACAGAAAUUCUUUUCAAAGUAACUAUUUUCAAAUAAUUUCCUCAAAUCGCCCAUUUUCACCAUGACACACCAUUACAAAAUGUACUUUAUUUUGUGGGAGUUUUUUUUUUAACUGAAAAGCACAUAGUGUUCAAUACUUACUCUAGGAUAAAUAGUAAACAAGGUAUUUCAGUAAAGACUAUAAUAAGCAUAUCUUUUAUUAAUAAAAAUACCUACUAUAUACUCCAGAAUAAGACCUACCUCUUUUUAUUAUACAAAUGAAUAGUGGAAUUGUUAUGUGACACAAGUACAAUUAUCUUUAUCUCAUAAAGAAUGUGUUUAUACAAAGCUGGUCGUGGUGGCACAUACCUUUAAUCUCAGCACUCCACUCAGGAACUAGAGCAGGUGGAUCUUUGAGUUUGAGGCCAGCCUGGUAUGCAAAGUAAGUUCCAAGACAGCCACAGAGAAACCCUCAAAAACACCAAAUUGUGUUUGUAAACUUUGGUUUCUCAUCCCAGCAGUGUUUUUGUUUGAAAUACAUGCUACAGAAUUCUUUUAAGGGGCAGACUUUAAAACAAAAUGCUUAGGCCCUUUUCAUUAAGUUGUUCUGGAAAUAUUUCUAAAACUGUAUGGAGUAGCCCCACAGUUUUCCACCUGUCUUUGAAAAAGAGACGACUUUAAGCCUAGCAUCAGUUUCCUACAGAAGGCAGGACUGAGCUCCACAUUUGUACCUCAGGGCUUCUGAAGAGGGAGGAUUCCACAGAAAAGAAUGUCCCACCAUUCCAGUCACUUCAGUCUAGGGAAGAUGAACUGUAUAGAUUGGUUGUAUUAUAAAGCAAAUAUUUGAAUUAUCUCACCCUUUUGUGUUGCAAAGAUUUUCUUGGUAAUGAAAUCAUUUUGGUGUAUAUAGUAGGAAGUAUCCAAGUUGGUAGUCUGAAAUGACUAUCUGCAUUUUGUUAAUAAAUGAGAAAAUGGAACUCAGUAAUCCGUUUUAUUAACAGUUUAUUUAAAACAGUUUAUUGGUUUUGUUUGGGGAUAAAUCAUUUUCUAAUUCAGAAUUUAAGUACAAAUUCUGUGGUAUGCUCUUGAAUUUUAUCACAAGUAUACAUUAUAAAUCUAUACUAGUUCAUUCUAAGAACUUUAAAAUCCUUUCAUUAAAUUAUAUUUGAUGUAUGACUAGUCACUCAGGAAGUUAAAUAUCUACAUGUAUAUUUUUACAUAAGAAGACAGUGUUGAUAAAUUCUUUUUAGAAGAACAGUAAUGUUGAUAGAUAAAAUGGCAAAAUGUUUCACUGCAAGGAUUAUAGUUUUGAAAUUUUGUUUAAUAAUACUUCCAUGUUUCAAGAUGCUUGUUCACUGUAAAAUCGUUUUUAAGAAUUCUGUGAAAAAUGUGGAUCCUCUUUAUACCACAGCAUUUAUACUAUGUUCCUUUUUAAUAUAUUAAAUGCAUAAAAAAAAUGACCUGGAUAGAGGUGGGCAGUCCUUGGGCUUCCCACAGGUCAGGGA